GCUCACCUUUGAGAGCACUCUCACAGCCAACCAGCCUCAGAGACUCCCAGAUCAGAGCCAUCUUUCUCAUUCUUCUAUUUUGCAACUUUGCACGAUGACCAUGUUUAGGAACAGAGCCAUCCUGUGGAACCCACACAAGGUGAGGCCGAAUGUUAAGAAAACCAGCUUGCAGGUGACUAUCCUCCCAGACUGACGACUGGCUUGGAUGGAGAGAUGGCUGCACGGCCCAGCAAAAUAAGUUGCCACCAACCAGCGAGGCAGACGUUUUGGUGGCAAAGUUUUCCGCUGGCCGUGGCAGAGAUGCUGAUGAUCACGAUGACGACUCACUUACGGGGAGCUUUCCAGGCAGCAAGCUCGCCUCUGGGUGCGGUACAUGGAGAGAUACAAGAAGAAUCCUUCAGGAACACAGAUGCUGGAAGGAUCCCCAGGCUUCUUGCAAUGAAGAACCUAUUGAUAGAUUUGGCACUUCAACAUGCCAUUCACCAAAGACACACUGCAAAAGCUGUUCCAGCAACCGUACUUUCUAACGCGGGGUACUGGUUGUCGGCCAGAUGGGCAUCUAAUCAGGUGGUGGCUGUGAGGACAGACAGGCUUGGCCUGGACAAGAAGAGAUGGAGCAGGACUGCCCAGGUCUUGGAUGAAGGAGGAAGUCUGAGUCAUUGGCACCACAUGCACGAACACACGUCCACACUGCCCUUCUCACUGGCUGCAAUCAUCCUCAGGCCACGCUGCUAUCCACUGAGGAAGAAAGGACUCAUCUUGUUGGCUGUUGCUAUCCUUGCUUAUGUCAGCAGGCAAGAGUUGCAGAGAGAAAAUCAACCAAGACUUGUCAUUCCAGACACCGAGGAAUAUUCCAGAAGCAGCACACUCUUCUAUAAGAGUGCCUUUAUCUUGAGUUAACAGGGAUUUUUCUAUCUUUAAAUUUUCAGGAAAAAAGGAAUCUUAUUGUUUACCGUGGAGACUCAUGGAAACAUCAAAUGCCCAAGAAUACCCAGGUAUGCGUGCAUGCACACAGCAAGCCAUGAGCUCCCCCUCCCACUCAUGAAGAACUAAUGGCUGUAAACCCACACAUGUUACUUUCCCUAGGAAAACAUCGAUCUUUGGUUCCAUUUGUAAUUCACAUGUUUGAAUGGCUGAAUGAUCUAAGGCACCUAAAGAUACUCCACCUAAAAAGUCAUCUGACAAAUUGAGCAGGCAAGGUUUGCUCCAUUCUUGCUGCCUGUAUCAUCGUGGGCUUAUUUGCAUCAACGCCUGGCACCAGAGCACCUAAAGGGCAUCUGGGCAAUUGCCCAGGGGCCUACAGAACACCCUAGCUGGAGGCUGGGAGAUAACUUAAGUAGCUGGCCUAGAUGUCAUCAUUCAACCACCUGGCGACACUAAUUCUCAGAAAUUCUGCCCAAUGUCUGUAAUCAAGGGAAAGUGCUCGCUCAGCCUUCCACCUAGUAACUGGAAAACCCCCUUCCCAUUCUAUAGCCUUCUCACCCACAGCCACGCUCUUGCUCUACUGGGAGGGGAAUGCCAAGCAUAAUACCUGCAGCCUGGAAGCGAGUCAUGAUGGCCCUGCUCUAGCCUAGACUCACAUAAACUUUUCACACCUGCCCAUCCGGAUAAUCCCCCAAUCCCUAUGUAAGGGGAAGUUUAACUCAGGGCAGUGCUCUGUCAGAGACAGAAGCCAGGAAAAGAACACAUUCCAAAGGACUGGUCUCCAGCAGUGCCUGCUUCACGUGCUUCACCAGCCUUUGUCUUAGAGACAGUAACCUUUGCGCCCAGAACUCAGAUGGUGGUUCUUUCCUAGUCUUUCCUCUCUUUUGCAAGGUACGUUCCUCUCACCCUUCUGCACCCCUCUUUGCCUGAGUACCUAAUGGCUUUCAUGUUUCUCCUGUCUUAAAGAAAGUACUUGUUCAGUAAAUCCACCCCAAGACUCCAUUGAUCUACACUGUUCACUAGCCUGGGGACUUUGCAUUUUAACAAAAGACACUCUGGAGGAUAAGGCAUAAAUUGGGGACCUACUGGUAGCUGAGGUCUGGAGCACUGUGUUGAGGAUUCUGAGGCCCUACCAAAAGAGCUGUGCUAUCAUUUAGCAAUACCUGCCAAUAGCCUGUGAAGGGAGAUGGUACGCCAUACGCCAUGUACAAUCCACGUCUGCCUUAACCAAAGGAGUAAAUCCCUAAAGACAGAAUAUCUCAGACCUGGUGUGGGGUAAGAGUAUACACAAAAGAUGUAGUUUUUUCUCCUGUAUGUGCUGUGUUGAGGAGAAGCAGGAUGGUAGCUGGUUAUGCACAUGAAUCUCCACACUCUGUUUUUUUGGUGGACUUUAAUCUGAUUUCUUCCUUCUUGCCAAAUGUGCCUUUCAAAGUGCAUGUAGGAGAGAGCACUUUUGGUCUACUAAUUCUCUUCUACCUAAGGACUUGGAAGUUGAUCAUCAAUCCUCAUAUCUACCCUUGCUCUUUUCCUCCUCAGAAACCAAGAAGGUAAAAGGGCACCUAAGGCCACUGGUAUUUGGGGAAAAUUGUGGUGCCCAUAUGGAUGAAAAGUAGUGGUCAAGAGGGUUUGGCUUGGUGCCUGGGCAUGAGCUCUGACAAAGCAGGGAACUGGGGUGUUGGAGAAAGGAGGUGCAGCAAGAUGGUCAGGAGCAAACACAUCACACGUCCAGUAUAUUAUUCAUCAGUGCCAGGCACUGUGCUAAGGUACGAGGAUACAGAGAUGUACAAGACAGCGCGCUGCCUGCAGGGACUGCCUGGGAGAGAGGAAAGGACAGAAACAACGGGAAGACAGAGUGAUGAGACUAACAGGUAUAAGCACAGGGUGGCUGGGGGAUGUCGAGGACUGGCUUCUUAAGGGAAGUGGUGUCUCAUCUGAGACACAAAGAAUAAGUAGAAAUGAGUCAAAAGAGAUAUGGAAAAGACCUUCGGGCAGAGGGAACAGCAUCUGCGAAAGGCUGGAGGAGCUGAGGGCGUAGGACAGGGAAGAGUUAGUGAGUUUAGACUUUUAAACUGAGGGCUUUUCUAUGCAAAAGUUUUAAGCAGAGAAGUGAAAUAAAGUGGCUUAUGUAAGAAAGAUGAUCAGAAAGAUGAUGCUGGCUGAAGUAUGGAAAGUAAAGAGGAACAAAACAGGGAGAGCAGUUGGUGGCAUUUGUGGUAACUCAGUUGACACUGGCCCAUAGAUGACAAUAUCAAUCCAUCUGCAAAUAGAAUUAGAGAGGGUGGGUGGUGGGUGGUGGAAGGUGACUCAGGGAUCAACCAGCUUUGGAGACCUGAAGCCUCAGCAGGUUAAAUGACAUGUCCGAGGUCACGUGGCUGGGGAAAAUCAAAGCUGAGACUUCAGUCAAGGACUUCUAUUUCCAAAUCUAGUUCCCUUUUCAGUGUAUUCAGAUGGUCAGGUAUUUGUUCAGCUCCCUGUUUGUGUAAAACACACUCUGCUAAAUGCUGGAGGGGUGAGAAUGCAAAAAAGCUUACCACCAUCUCUACAGUCUAAAAGCUUUCACGAUGUUGUUUCCAGCUCUGCUCGGAUUGUAUGUUAAAGUGAUGUAAUGGGGCAAAUGAAGGGAAGGGAUAGAGACCUGUCACCAGCAGGAAUGUGACUGGGUAGAUCCUGGCAGGGAGCUGAAGUGGUUUGGGAUUUGGACUUCCUUAUUAAUGAAGUACAAAGUCAGCAUUCUGUGCAGUAGGGCUCAUUUUUGCUAGAAUGUAGCAAAUACACCUGUAUGUAGGCAUUUUAUGCUGCCCUAUUGAUUGAAGCUUCCCUCCCUCUGUCUGCUCCCUCGUUAGGGGAGCUCAGAUUCCUUGCUGCCAGCUGCCUGCACCCUUACACAACACUCUGGGGGCACAUGUGCCUUCACGGCCACAGAUGGCCAUCAGCAAGUUCCACAAACUGUGGAUAUCCAUGGAGAUAUUUUAGGGAAGCGGCUAUAGGUCAGCUGUUAGGCGUGCCAGUUUGGAUGCUCAAAUAGGGAAACAGCAUAGCAGGAAUGAGUUAAAGAAUAUGGUCCCGGGCCAGAGAGAGCGUGAGAAACAAACAGGAGUCAAAAAAAUGGCCAUAACCCUGAGCUGGAGAAGCAUUUCACUGCCGAAACUACAUUACAAUGACCUAAAAAUAUCCACCAAGACCAUGGGGAUUGCCUCUUAUGUGCCACUUGCUUUUUCUUAUUUUUCAGAUUGCAAAACUGGAGGGCUGGCCCCUAAGAGGGAAAAUAAAGCUUUGCAAAGUACUAAUAACUGUAAAUCUUUCAUUUCCUUUGGAAAGCAUUAGUCAUCUAUAAAUAUGGUAGCUCACUCACUCCUCCCUUCCCUCUCACCCCAAAACACAUCACCUAGCUCUUUCUGAGGCAGUGCUGAGGAGCAGGAAAAUAGAAAUGUUCCUACUGCCGGCUCUUAUUCAUUCUUUUAUUGAACAAAUAUUUCCCCUAACACAGGGCUGGUCCUGCUGGGAAAAGCAAAGUUAUAUAAGGUCAAGCCCCAGCCUGUAGGGGGUUUGUACUUAAUAAAUGGAGAUGAGCCAUGCAUACAAAUUAUAAGAACACAAGAUGGGAAGUGAUAAAAUGUCAUAACAAAUAUGAGAAGCCAAAGGGAACAUGAGGAGGAAGCAGUCACGUCCGACGGGGCAGUGGGGGAAGGACUGCACGAAAGGUGUCGUCGGAUCUGGGCCCUGAAGGACUGGCUGGACUGGAGCAGCAAAAAAUGGGAGAAAGUGAACAACACAGCACAAUCACAAAGCCAAGAGGAUGCAGACCACGUUAAAGCAAUGGCUAGCAAUUCACUUGAGCCGGACCUACUAGUGAAAAAGACUAACAGGAAAUCACCCUGAAACUGCCCGCUCGCAGAGUCUUGCAGGUGGCAUGCUGGACAUGGUACAGACAAUGUGAGAUGUGGUUGUUGCUGUUGUUUGUUUGCCAUGGAGGUAGGAAUGAGAAUUCUUAGUAACAUGGCUAGAGAAUUAUGCUUUAAAAAGACCACCUUGACAAUAGUGCUUAAAAUGGAUGGACCUGGCAAGACAUGGGAAGCAAAAUAAAACAACAUAUAAAUAAGGUUAGCCAGAACACUCUUACAUCAUCGAGUUCAAUCACAAUGGUUUAAUCUUAAUCCAUGGAUAUUUCACAGUUCGAGCGUCAUACCAGGACUGGAUGCUUGGAAUACCCUUCUGCAGGUGGUCCAGUCCUCCCAGACCUCCAUCUCUAAAGAAUUUUCACCAUUCAGUGAGUGCCCACACAUGCCUACGUUGUACACUGUCCUGAGCAUCACUCUCCCACACACACUGUAAAGCCACAAUACCCAGCCUCCUGAACCCAACACCUCCACCGGGCUCUGCUUUAAGGUUGGUGUGCCUCCCCCGCUGCUGUCACUGACAACUCUGCCACUGCCCAUUAGUCUCCUAUGUUGGUAGAAGCAGAACAAUGCUACUGGCUACUGCAACAGCCCCAGCUGGCCUGCAGCACACCACCACCUUGCUCUUGGUAGACCAGAAAUCAGCUGAUGCUGUAUUUGUCUCUGCUAGUGUGUAAGGUAUUACAUGCCAAGUGCAAGUGUCAUACAGAUAUGCAGCUAUAACCCAGCCUGGGGAGAGAUAUUUGUAAAGUCACUUCUCAGUAGCAGUUCCUAUGAGGCAAGAGAGAUGAUUCCUUUCUUCUAUUCUACGCUCACUCAAGUGAGGUCCCAGAGCAAAGCUGCCUGGACACCCCAAGUGUAAUGACCCUCUAGGUUCACGCACCUGUUUACACAUGUACACUUACACAUACAGACAUCUUACCCCCAGAAGACACUAGAAACUGCCAAAGGGGCAGACUAAGCUGAGUCCCAAGACCAGCACCUUGUUAUACCUGGCACCAACAGUCCUCUGCUACUCUCACUAGUGCACUAUGUGAACUCCCUCCCAGAGCCAGUGCUACCCUUUCCUGAAAUAUGACCUUCGUCUGGGACCAUCUACAUGACACCACUGUUUUGCAACCUAAAAUCACAGGAUCAGAAUCCCAGCCUCAUUUUCCAUAGAAGGACGCCUUAGCCCUCAUGUAAAUUAAUAUAUGAAAAUAAAUAUGAAAAUGCCACAAAACUUCCAUUGUUAAUAUCUGGGGUGCAGAGAAGAGGUGUGGUGGUGGAGGGCUAGGAGUGGAAACGAUUAUCUACACUUUUCAUCCUUCCUGUCCAAAUCUCAGCUCCUGCUCACCCAAAAUGCCUGUUAACAGAAGUUAGAAAUAAGAAGAGCCUGAAGAGGGAUACAGCUGUACAGUUAGGAAUGAGGGACAUACCUGAGACACAUUGUUGGUGUUAGAACAGGUUUUAUGGAUUAAUUGUGUAGUGGACAAAUGAAAAGAAAAAAUCAAGGAUAAUUCUCAGCAUUUUCAGCUGGUGGACUAGGAAGAUGGUGAUUCCAUUAACAGAUCUAGAGAAGUUAGGAAAGAAAGAGUUUUGGAUAUAACUUUAAAAAGUUAGUUUAAAAUCUCAUAUCUGGAUCUCAUUCCAAAAGAUUCUGGUUUAAUUGGUUCAGGAUAUGUCCUGGGUAUCAGAAUUUUUAAAGCCCCCAAGGCAACUCUAAUCUUAUGCUAAAAAGGAGCCACUUCUCUAGAGGAACUUGCAUUUGAAAAUGCAGACUGGCGGUCUCCAGGGAGGCAGGCUGCAGAGAUCCAGGGAGUGAGGCCCUGAGGUGGGAUGAGAUUGCUGGAGAGAGGACAGAGGGAAGCGAAAUGGGAAGCAGAUGCUGAGGAAAUGCCCUCCUCUAAGG